GCCUCCACUCCACCAAUUGCUUUCAGGGGACUGGGAAAUUCGCUGUACACGAUACAAGGGAGGAAACUAUUCUGUGAAGAACUGUAAAGAUAUUAUAAUUUCCACAAACUUGGGGUUAAGACUAAAUAUUACAAAAGUGAUCAUUGGCCCUCCUAAGCCUGCGAGUGGGUUUGCAGAAGACAGUGCCGCAUUGGCUGAGGGUGUGUCGGAUCUCCAGGAGGUGGUGUCUUUGAAGGAGCGCAUGGCGAGGUACCAAGCAGCUGUUUCCAGGGGUGAUUGCCGCAGCUUCUCUGCCAACAUGAUGGAGGAAUCAGACAUGUGCACAGUGCCUGGUGGUUUGGCCAGAGUGAAGAAACAAUUUGAAAAGGACAAAAUUGCUUCUUCCUGUAAUACCUUUUCUCAGUACCAGUACCAGCAUCAGAACAGAUCUGAGCAGGAGGUAAUUCACAGCAGCCAGCCUGACAUUUCCAGAAGCAGCCAGGAGAUGGAAAGAAAUGGGAAAGAAGCUUCCAAAGUACACAAAAUGGGUGUUCUUGGAACAGAAAUGGUCUCUCAUCUUGAAAAGCACACUGAGGAAAUAAACCAAGCUUCUCAGUUCCAUCAGUAUGUUCAAGAAACAGUCAUAGAUACACCUGAGGAUGAAGAAGUUCCAAAGGUUUCAACUAAGUUUUUAAAAGAGCAGUUUGAAAAGUCUGCCCAGGAAAAGGUCCUUUGUUCUGACAGAGAGACAACUCCAGCCAAGCAGAUUAAGAUUGAAGGUGAACACGAAGAGAUUUUAAAGCCAUCAUCACUUAUGGGUACCUCUUCCACUUCUUACACUUCAACCGGCCAGAGAAAGGAGACAUCAGCCAUAAAAUACGGUGACCAUAGUGCCACUUCCUCAACUGUGGUACAAGUUCAUGCCAGUCCUUUGGGAAGGACAGAAGAAUUUCCUCCUCCCCCACCUGAAAUACUUCAAACUCCAUUAGAUGUGACAGCAUUUUCCCAGUCCCCUGAAUUGCCCAGCCCUCCUAGAAUACCACCAGUCCCCAAAGAAUUAUAUUCCAAGCAAAGAAAUUUGUAUGAAUUAAACCGUUUAUAUAAACACAUUCAUCCUGAGCUAAGAAAAAACUUAGAAAAAGAUUAUAUUAGUGAGGUUUCUGAGAUUGUUUCUAGUCAAGUGAACACCGAGAGCUCAGUUUCAGCAGAUGUACAACAAGCCAGGUACGUUUUUGAGAAUACAAAUGACCAUUCUCAAAAAGCUGUUAACUCAGAAAGAGAACACCUGGAAUGGGAUGAAAUUCUGAAGGGGGAGGUACAGUCCAUCAGAUGGAUCUUUGAGAAUCAGCCAUUAGAUUCAAUCAACAAUGGCUCUCCAGAUGAUGAAAACAUCUCCAAGGGCAUUGCUGAUAAAGAAAUUAUUGCUGGUGGUGAUGUGAAAUACACCACAUGGAUGUUUGAAACCCAACCCAUAGAUACACUGGGGGAUCAUUCUUCUGGCACUGAAGAAAAUGCUGAGAAAAUUCCUGAGCUAGCCAGAGGAGAUGUCCGCACAGCCCGGUGGAUGUUUGAAACAAAGCCAUUAGACUCACUGAACAAAAUGCAUCAAAGCCAGGAAGCAUCAGUUGUAACUGCCAUAGCAGAUAUAACUGGGGGAGAUGUCAAGACUGUGAGAUACAUGUUUGAAAGUCAGCAUCUGGAUCAAAUUGGACAGCUUCAUUCAGUGGAUGAGGGUCACCUACUGCAACUCAGGUCUGAGCUCAAAGAAAUUAAGGGAAAUGUUAAGAGAAGUAUAAAAUGUUUUGAAACUCAACCAUUAUAUGUUAUUAGAGAUGGCUUAGGUCAAAUGCUAGAAAUUAAAACUGUUCACAGAGAAGAUGUUGAGAAGGGUGAUGUGAGAACAGCACGGUGGAUGUUUGAAACACAGCCCUUGGACACAAUUAACAAGGAUAUCACGGAAAUUAAAGUUGUCAGAGGAAUAUCCAUGGAAGAAAAUGUCAAAGGUGGAGUGAGUAGGGCAAAGUGGUUAUUUGAAACUCAACCUUUGGAGAAAAUCAAAGAAGAUUCACAAGAAGUCAUCAUUGAAAAAGAAGCAAUAAUAGGUACAGAUGUUUCCGGAAAGUGUUGGAUGUUUGAAACACAGCCAUUAGACAUUUUAAACAAAGUUCCUGAUGCAGAUACUCUAAGAUCUGAAGAAAAAAUAGGGGGUGAUGUACAAACUACUAAGCGUCUGUUUGAAACACUUCCAAUAGAGGCUUUAAAAGAUAGCCCUGAUGUAGGAAAACUUCAAAAAAUCACUGCCUCUGAAGAAGAAAGGGGGGAUGUGAGGCACCAAAAAUGGGUUUUUGAAACUCAACCUCUGGAAGAGAUUAGAGAAGAUAAAAAAGAAUAUAUACAAACAGUGAAACUUGAAGAAAUUGACAGAGGAGAUGUAAGGAAUUACACACAUAUCUUUGAAUCAAACAAUUUAAUUAAAUUUGAUGCAUCACAUAAAAUAGAGGUGGAAGGAGUCAAAAGAGGUGCUGUAGAGUUAAAUAAAUCACUCUUUGAAACAACACCACUGUAUGCUAUUCAAGAUCACCUUGGCAAAUAUCAUCAGGUAAAGACAGUGCAACAAGAAGAAAUCCUAAGAGGUGAUGUAAGAAGCUGUAGGUGGCUUUUUGAAACAAGGCCCAUUGACCAGUUUGAUGAAAGCAUUCAUAAGUUUCAGGUAAUUCGGGGAAUAUCUGCCCAAGAAAUACAAACUGGAAAUGUGAAAUCUGCUAAAUGGCUGUUUGAAACACAACCUCUUGAUUCAAUUAAAUAUUUUAGUAAUAUGGAAGAAUUAGAAGGUAAACCUGAGCAAGCUACAGAUAUUGUUAAAGGGGAUGUCAAAACCUGUAGAUGGCUUUUUGAAACACAGCCAAUGGAAUCUCUUUAUGAAAAAGUUUCACUGAUGACUGGCAGCGAAGAAAUUUGUAAGGGAGAUGUCAAAGCCUGUACUUGGCUCUUUGAAACUCAGCCACUUGAUACCAUAAAAGAUGACUCUGAAGCAACAGUCAAAUUGCAAACUGUAAAACAGGAGGAGAUACAAGGUGGGGAUGUUCGUACAGCAUGUUUUCUUUUUGAGACAGAAAAUUUGGACAGCAUACAAGGAGAAGAAAUAAAGGAAAUCAAGGCCGUACAGAUGGAUAUCCAAGCUGGGGAUGUUUCUGGCAUGCGGCAUAAAUUUGAGAAUCAGUCACUAGAUUCUAUAAGUUCCAGUUCAGAGGAAGUUGUGAAAAAGAUCAAAACCCUAAAGACUGAAGAUAUCCAGAAGGGCAAUGUUUUAAAUUGUAGGUGGCUUUUUGAAAACCAGCCCAUUGAUAUGAUAAAAGAAGGCCAAGAAGGUGAUGAAUUAGUUAAGACAGUGACCGACAUACAAGGUGGGGAUGUAAGAAAGAGGUGCUUUAUCUUUGAGACUUUUUCUUUAGAUGAGAUUAAAGAAGAAUCUGAUUAUAUCAGCACCAAAGAAUCAACUACUGAAGAAGUGAUAAAGGGUGAUGUAAAAAGCUACAGAAUGCUCUUCGAAACCCAGCCACUCUACGCAAUUCAAGACCGAGAAGGGUAUUAUCAUGAAGUGACAACAGUUAAAAAGGAAGAGGUAAUCCAUGGAGAUGUACGAGGGACAAGGUGGCUUUUUGAAACAAAACCAUUAGACUCAAUUAAUAAAUCAGAGACUGUGUUUGUUAUUAAAUCUGUCACACAAGAAGAUAUUCAGAAGGGAGAUGUUAAUUCUGUCAGAUACAGAUUUGAAACGCAGCCACUAGAUCAGAUUUCAGAAGAAUCACAUCAUAUUGUGCCCACCAUAGACCAUAUUCAAGGCGGGGAUGUAAAAACAAGUAAACAAUUUUUCGAGUCUCAAAAUUGCAAUAAGAAUGCUUACGUAAGAACAGUAAGUGUCAAUGAAAUUCAAAAGGGCAAUGUUAAAACAUCUACUUGGCUAUUUGAAACCCACACUAUAGAUGAGCUGAGAGGAGAAGGCUCAGAAUAUGAAAAUAUCAAAACAGUCACCCAGCAAGAUGUGCAGAAAGGUGAUGUUAAGCAGGCAGUAUGGCUGUUCGAAAAUCAGACUUUGGAUUCUAUGAAGGAAGCCGGUGAAAGCAUCACAAAAAUCACCAAGGAAGAAAUCCCUCCUUCUAAUGUCAAGACAACUACAUGGCUAUUUGAAACCACACCCCUUCAUGCAUUUAAUGAAAAUAGGGUAGAAAAGGUGGAAAUUAUUGGCAAGAGUAUUAAAGAAACCUUAGAAGAAUUAUACUCUCAAAAAGUUAUUGAGGCUCCUGGAAUCAUCAUUGAAGCUGAUGAAGUUGGAAAUGUUCGAAUGGCAAAGUAUAAGCUAAUGAAUCAAACAUCUCCUGAGAUACAGAAAGAAGAAAUUAUCAGGGUUGAUCUCAGAAAUGUAAUGGUGAAUCUACUUUCCAAAAGAGACUGUACAAAAAGAGAAAUAAUAGUUAGUGAAGAAGAGAAGGGAAAUGUUAACUUGACCAAAACUCAAUUAUUAAACAGAUCAACAGAAUUUCAUGCUGAGAAAGAAGAGGUAGUGAGUGGUGAUGUACAACAAGCAAUCAAAAACCUAUUUUCUGAGGAAAAAUCUGUAAAGAAAGGCAUUUUAAUUCAGGAGGAUGAAAGAGGAGAUAUUAACAUGACCAUCUAUUGUCUUCUUCAUGAAAAUACUGGUGACACAAUUGAGCGUGAAGAAGUAAUAGGAGGUGAUGUAAAGCAUACUAUUCAUAAUUUGCUAUCUUCCAUAUCAAACAAUAAAAUAUCUGAAAGGGUUAAAAUCGAUGCCUCUGAGAAGGGAAAUGUUCAGUUUUUUACAACAUGCAUAGAAACUGGAGCUUUGGAUUAUCUCAAACAACUCCAGAUGGGGUCAAAUGAAACACUACCGGCCACAAUGCAAGAAACAAAGGAAGAAAUAAUUGGUGGUGAUGUACAGGGCACAAAACUGUUACUAAAUAAAAGGCAGUCUCAGGUUGAACGUACUGUUAGUGAAACUGAUAUCAUUCCAGGAGAUGUGCAUAAUACUGUUAAGGUUUUCAUGACAGAGCCUCAGAGUACAUCUUGUAAGACAUCAAAAGAAGAAAUUAUAAAAGCUGAUCUGAAAUCAACCCUAAAUUCCCUCAGCCAGGCCAUAAAUCAGAAAACAGUGGCUAAAACAGAAGAAAUUAUAAAAGGUGACAUGCUGGCCACACUCAAGUCACUUAAGGAAUCAAGCCACCCAUGGAAAGAGUUUAAACAGCCUGAUGCCAUCCCUGAUGAUUUUGAGAAGGCUAUCGAGUGCCUUGAAAAGACUGCAAACAUAAGGACGGAAAUCCUGAAAAAGGAGCUUAUCCGAGAUGACCUUGAAGUCUCAUUAAAGAACUUGAAAGAAGCACAAAGAGCUUUCAAAGAGGUAGAUAAAAAAUGUGGGAUCCAAGAAGAUGCACAAGCCGGGAUGGUAGGAUCCUCACAAGAGCAAAAAACAAAGAUUCAUCAGGUGACUAUCCAGACUGACAAAAAACACCUUCUUCAACCAAGACCAGGACCAUUGGAGCCAGCAGCUAGGUGGCAAGGGGGAACAGACACUCUCAGUCAAACUACAGGCAAAUCUUGUCAUGAGAAUUUAAUAGAAGAAAGAACUGAGGUUCAUCUCCCAAAAGCCCCUAAAGGUACCGUAAAGAUUGUCAUAGAUCGUGAACAAAACAAUGAUGCUCUUGAGAAAAGCCUUAGAAGACUAUCUAAUUCACACCACAAAGCUAUUAAAGAUAGCUUUGAUACAUUGGAAUCAGGGGACAUAAUGGGAGCCUGGACUGAUACCACAACAGGGCAAUGUCUUAGAGAUGAAUAUAUGAGCAGGCAGUUGGCUUCAACUGUGUCAGUUCAGCAAAAUCUAAAAACUAAGGAGCUGGAGGCAGUGCGAGAACAGAAGCAGGGUGCUGUCUUUAACUGUGCCCAAUCCGUUGGUAAAGCAGUUGGAAAGCAGCAGGCUCAAACUUGCGCACUGAGGAAUGACCACCAGAAGACUGAGCCUUUCCCUGUAAAGAGUUUUAAAAACACCAAGAACACUAAAAUAUCAACAAAUACACAAGGCUGGAACCCCAGUCCAACCCAGGGUUCAGUCAACAAGACAGUCAGAGAAACUUGUGAUGUUUCAGGGGACUUUCAGAAGCAAACUUUGUUAAAGCAAGAGCUGCAAUAUUGUGAUAAAGAUACAAAGAACAAGAAUGUGAACCCUCAACCAGUGUGGCAGACUUUGCCUGUAGAUCAAGACAUAUCAGAUAGAACAGGAGUGAAAGUCUCUUCAAAAAGCCACAAUAAAUUUAAGGCAACUGACGAAAAGCAGAAGACUGAUUUUCGUCUGAACAGCCAGGACUUUCUAAUGAAGACAAAUACCUCCAGAGACUUAAAAAUGGCAAUGGAAAUGGCCUUUAAUCCAGUCAACUUGAACCCUGAAAAUAAUGUAAAAGGAAGUGAGUGCUCUCUCCCACCACCAUCUCCACCUCCUCUUCCACCUUCCAAUGCGUCAUCUGAAAUAGAAUUUCCUCUUCCUCCUCCACCUCCUUUAAUGAUGUUGCCUGAAAAAAAUGGGUUUCCUCCCUCAAUGUCCACAGAGAAGAUAAAGGCUGAAUUCGAAAAUUUCCCAGGCCUUCCUCUUCCUCCACCACCAGAAGAAGAAAAAUCUGAAAGAGAACGUUUAUCGAUGUUUCUACCACCUCCGCCUCCUCCAACUCCAUCUCUAAACCCAGCACAUCUCCUUUCCUCUUCUGUUCAAGAAAAGCACACUGAAGCACUUGUACAGUAUUCCCAUGAAGAAGCCUCACGCUCUCAGCAAGCUGAUUCUCAGGCUAAAACCUUAAUAGGAAAAUCAGGAGUACGCCUGCCACCUCCCACACUGCCAAAACCCAAAUUUUUCAAGGGCAUGGGAGAUAAAGUGUACUACAGUUCCCCAAGAGUUGAACUGAAAAAUUCCCUGACAGACAUGGAAUGUGAAAUUACUUCCUCAAAGGAUCAGAAAAAAGUAAUAGUGACGACUAGCAGUGAGCACACAGAGACAAAGCAGAACAUACCUAGAGAAACUGCACCUGAAAGAAAACAAUUGUCUAUGGACUCUACAAGGUCUCUUUCACAGACAGUUCCAGAGACUUUAUCACCCAAGGAAAAACAAGGAAAAACACCUCUCGUAAAAUCUCAUUCAUUUCCUGCAGGUUCAGGACAACAAAAUCCAAAACCUUACAUGAGAAAAUUUAAGACACCUUUAAUGAUUGCUGAAGAAAAAUACAAACAACAAAGAGAAGAACUUGAAAAGCAGAAACUUAAGAGUUUUUGCUACAACAUAGCCAAAACAGAAUGCCAAAGUCAAAAUAUAUCGGAGUUGGGAAAGGAAGUGUUUUUACAAAAAACAAAUGAGGCAUUUCCCAGACCUGGAAUGGAUUCAGGGGCCACUGUGGCCCAACCCGACCCAGACUCUCAAAGACAUUCUCAAGCACUGGAAGCGUGGACUGAUCACAAACUUUCCACAACACCAGCAGUAGCAGGUACUGCCAAGGGGCUCCAACAUGUUCUAGCAGCCUCAAAAGACAAAGAUAUCAUGAAAAAGGAAGUUUUACAGAGCUCAAGGGACAUGACACAAUCUAAAUCAGCUUUUGAAAUUAAACAGAGUCACCAAGAAUGCAGUACACAACAGACACAACAGAGUAAGUACGUGGAGCCAUUGCAUGUGCCCCAACGUACACCAGCUUCCCCAAGUUUCAAAGUUAGAACCAUCAAGCUUCCAACUCUAGAUCAUAAAUUAACUGAAACAGACCACAGCUAUGAAAGCCAUAAAAAGCAACCUGAAAUUCAUGUUCAAACUGUUACCAAACAACAGCAUCAGGAAACUGAGAAAACUGAAGCAAGGACUGAAUAUAGUGAUAAGCAAUCUGUGGCUGAAAAAUAUUACCAAUUACCUGAGAAGGAGAAAAGAGUAACAAUAAAAUUGCCUACAGAACCCUCAGGGAAAAGCCGUGCAAGUAAGCACAAUGUAGUUCAUAAGAAGCAAACAGAAUUCAGAGAAUCUGAGAGUGGGAAACUUCUAGAAAGUGAAAAAAUAAUUCAGGGCCCACCAAUGGUUAGUCCAAAAGAAGAGGGGCUAACAGUGGAAAGAAAACAAGAGCUUUUGAAUAAAUCAGCACGGAAGGUAGUCACGCAAAUGGUUACUGAUGCACAUCUUGAUUCUCAGACUGAGAAUUUUCAGCACACGCAAAUACAGACUUCUGAAAGUCAAGCUGAACAUAAAAAAUGUCCCCAGCCAUACAAUAAUCUUCAGGAGGAAAAAUGGCUUGGUGUCGAAGGCAUACAACAGAAACAAGUCUUUUCUAAUGCUAAAGAUUCAAAGCAAGAGAUUACACAAAACAAAUCUUUAUUUUCCUCUGCAAAAGAAUCCCAGAAGGAUAAUGGAAAAUGUGCUAUAAAUAUAUUGGAAUUUUUGAGAAAACGUGAAGAACUACAACAGAUUUUGUCUAGGGUAAAACAGUUUGAAGCAGAGCCAGACACAAUUGGCCUUAAAACAUUUCAGACACUGUUAAAUAUUAUUCCAGUGUGGCUAUUAAGUGAAGAGAAGAGAGAGUAUGGAGUUUGCCUUACUAUGGAGAAUAACAUAGAAAAAAUCAAAGAAGAAAUAGCACAUAUUAAAACUCAAGCAGAGGAUAUGCUUGCAUCUUGUGAAAAUAUAAUUCAAACAGCCAUGAUAUCCUCUAAAGCAGAAAUGCAGAGAAACAAACCUACUAGUCUUAAUGAAACAUCAAAAGUGUCUAAUGUUAACAUCAGCUAUAAUAAAAACACUGAACAGAAAGAGAAUACCAUUGUUGAAAAAACACAGCACCGCCAUGUAGGAACCCAUCAUGCAGCAACUACUAAUAACCAUGUGAAAACCCAUCAGGAAAUUAAACUGGAUGACAGCAAGAUUCCUCCUCCCUCUUUAAAAACACGCUCCCCAUCACCAACUUUUAUAACAAUCGAGUCUACUGCCCGGCGAACAGAAGCCUCUACUAAGGAUGAGCUUUCUCAGUCCCCUAAAAAGGACAAUUUUGCUGAACCAUCACCAAGGAUGCCUAUGUCACCAACAUCUAGAAAUCACAAAGCAAAUACUUCCCCUUCUCCACCCAGGAAUCGCUCUGAACAACUUGUCAAACUCAAAGACACCACUGCAAAGUUAUCCAGAGGUACUAUCACGUGUUCAUCAGUAACCCCUACUCCAAUUGUAGACAAGAGGUCUGAGAUCAUCAAGUCUCCUGCAACUCUUCGUCGUCAAAUUAAGAUAGAAACUCGUGGUAGAGACUCUCCUACAAUAACAAUACCUAUAAAUGUAAACCGUGUUGAUAGUGGUCCCUUCAGAGAAUCCAUGGAAGCUCAAGAGGAAGUCAGGAAAGUAGAGAAAAGAGCAACCUAUGUUCAUAGAGAUGGAGUAAAUUCCACCAACGACAUAGUGCCAGAUACUGAAAGUUUUGACUCUGUUGAAAUCAUCCGCAAAUUGGAAGGGCCUCACCUGUCAGAGCAUGCCCAGAGAUAUGAAGCAGCCAACAGAACCGUUCAAAUGGCUGAAAAUUUCAUAAAUGACCACGAAAAUGAAGUAAACAGAUGGUUCCGGGAAUUUGAGGGUGGCCCAGCUUUUGAAGCAAAGUCAAAUACAAGAGUUUAUGUAAAUGGAGAAGCAGACCAUAAUAUAAAACAACAAAGUCGUACAUUUUGUACAGAGGAAUUUGGAUUAACAUCUUUAGAAAACACUAGUUUUACAGGCUUUUCUCGCAAUCAUCCUAGAGAGCAGCUAGAAAAUAUUCCUGUUAAGCAGUCCAGUGUACACUCUGAAACAAGAUCUCUAAGUGAACAUUUCUCAGGUGUGGAUGCAUUUGAGAGUCAAGCUGUUGGGUCAAAGACUACAACGUCUUCAAUGCAUAAUUCAGAAGCUGGCAAAUCUGGCUUUGGCUUCAAGCAUGCCCCACCAACCUAUGAAGAUGUCAUCGCUGGCCAUAUUUUAGAUAUUUCUGAUUCACCUAAAGAGCUCCAGAGGAAUUUUCAAAAGACAUGGCAGGAGAAUGAAAGAGUUUUUGAAAGUGUGGGAUAUGCAACCUCAGAUGCUUCUGCAGCUGAGAUGAGAACCACCUUCCAAGAGGAAUCUGCCUUCAGAAGUGAAACUGCUACUCCAAGACAAGGAAAUAUGUAUACUUUGUCAAAAGACAGUUUAUCCAAUGGAGUGCCUAACAGCAGACAAGCAGAGUUUUCAUAAAUCCUGCUUCCGAUGUCACCAUUGCAACAGUAAACUGAGUUUGGGAAAUUACGCAUCACUUCAUGGACAUAUAUAUUGUAAACCUCACUUCAAACAACUUUUCAAA